AUGGUAUCAUCAGGGAACAGUGUUGCCGGUGGUGCUGGUGGUGGUAGUACUUCCUUGAUGGAAGCAUGGCUGGAGAAAUUAAGGGGGGAUGGGAAAUUAAGUGGUAGUGCUGAGGACAUUAGAGAAAAAAUGAAGGAAGAUUUAGUGACAACAUGGAAUGAUUUGAAGAGUUGGUUGGCGGGGCAGGGAUCAAAUGAGAUAGCGGAACUGUGCGCAAAUGCGGGGGGUUCCGCAACGGGGCCCCCAACCUCCGAGGGGGAAUAUCUGAAGAAUCUAUGUAAAGGAAUCGCUGAAGUAAAAUAUUUCGUGAGUGGUGUGCGGACAAAGAGGGACGGGGGAGGGAGGAGCGACCAAGCAGCAGAAAUUGAGCAACUCACUCGUGCUCAAUCUUAUGCACGUUGUAUUGUUGGAUCCGUCGCUCUAAACGAACUGUACGGGGAUCAUUGUAAAUUGGACAGCGUUAUAGAAUAUGUGUCGCCCCAAGUGCAGGGGAAGUUAGAAGGGACGUACUCGAAGAGUGAUGCGGAGUUGAAGAAAUGUGAGGGAAUUAAUGCCAACCAUUUAAUGCUCGGGAAAUCCAUCCUCGCCAGUGCAAUCAAGAAGUGGGCUGAAGGAGAUAGGGAGAAGGAAGAGAAGAAGGUGGGAGGGUCAAAGGGAACCAUGAGGGUGGGGUAUGUGUGGGGGAGGUGGCCAUACGUCUGUGGGGGAACUGCAAGACAGAAGCAGGAGCAGUAUUUGCAAGGACUGAGGAAAAAUAAUGCGAAACAUAUGACAAAAUUUUUAAAAGUGGGCAAUGAUAACAUGAGCAGUGGGGCCGCUACUGAUGGAAAACCAACUAUAGGAGAAAUAUUAACAGAAGAAGGAUACAUCAUCCCACAGGACAGAAUAAUUAAAGCAUUGCAGGAUUCCAUGCAGAGUGACAGUACUGCCAGUACUCCUUCUUUUGAUUUAACCAAGGCAAUAAUGGAGAAUGUAACGAAGGUAGCCGAGGAAACUGAGGCUGAAGUAUGCAUGAAGGACAACAGCGAGAAAUUUUGCAAGCGCUUGCAAUGUGCAAAAGAUUAUUGGCAAUUGACAAAGGAUCAGAGCAGCAGCGGAGAUUUCUGGGAGGGUCACGUCAAGAAGAAGCUGAAGAAUCUCAUCACUGAUACGGUAGACAAUGGUGGCGCCCCUACUGGUCAUUGCGACAACGGCAAUUCUAUGAAUAGUGCAAAUAAAGAAGCUUGCAAACACAUGACAAAUUUGUUGCAUCAAAUGUACCAAAAUGCAAAUGGUGGCACUAAGGAAUAUUCUGAACAAAUUAUAAAAUGUGUUCUUUUAAGAGAAUAUGCUAAAAAAUUAAAAGACAAAGCACAAAAGGAAGGAUACUGUGACAUAGAUGAUGGUUUGCAGAAAGCUUUCAAUGAAAGUAAAACCAUUAUGGAUAGAACAUCUCAAUGCGGAAAUGCUAAUGCUGCUCAUUGUUUUGAAUGUAAAUGGAACAUCACCACUGAUGACGAGCUUAGUGGUUGCAAAAUUGACAGUAACAAUGACAAUGUAAAGACCAAAGUGGAUCAAUUGUUAAGAGUCAACGACCAAACGAACGAAACCCAAGUGCAAAAAAACUUGUCUGACUUCAAUAAAGAAAAUUCCUUAUGUGAACGAGUUAAAUGUGCCGCGAAGUGGUGGGCCCAGGACACCAGGAACACGGGGAAGGAACAGAACCAAUUUUGGGAGAAUGAUGUGAAGAAAUUAUGGGAUGAAUUAGCAGAUAAGAUGAAGUCAACUAAUGGACAAGGGGAGCCACAAUGCGAAGCACUGCCAAAUGGAACUCCAUCUGAGAAGGCGGCAUGCAAUUAUUUGCAUGCCGGCUUCACCGAACUGUACAAUCCGGCGAAGCCGGCGCCGACGGCGGCGCCGGCGGCGCCGUCGCCGUUAGGCGACAUCCUAUCUGCGAAACACCCAUCGUUUAGACAAACGAUGGGUUGUUUAUUAUUACAUUAUUAUGCAAAACACAUGAAAGAAAAAGCUGUUUGUAAUAUUGAUAAAGGGAUAAAACAAGCAUUUGAUUCGUGGCAGAACCCUAGUACUAAGGCACCAAAUUGCAAUGGUCCUGCUGGUAGUGGUGGCAAGGGACCUUGUGUCCCUUGCCAAUGGGAUAAAAACAACGAAUUGGACAGUUGCCUUUAUAAAAUUAAAAUAAACAGCACAACUGGCUCAGGAGGCACUGCGAAGGAGAAAGUGAAAAAAAUUAUCGAGGACGACAAGACCAACAUUCCGACAAUGCUUGGAGAAAUAAAUAGAAUGAAUAAAUUAUGUGACUAUAUGGAAUGUAUAGCAUCCCAUUUAAAUUCAUCAAGCGCACAACAAAAUACGAAUGCGAGCACAUUUUGGGACAAGGGGACUGGCGAAGUUGGAAAAUUAUGGAAGGAAUUGGCAGGCGCCAUCAUGGAACGAAGCGGAAGCACACAAUGUGAUAAAGUGGAUGGUACUAGACAAGCUACUGAGCCUGAAAGGAAGGCGUGCGAACAUCUUACAGCAGUUUUCAACAAACUGAGGGAACUUACAAUGAAUGAAACGUCCUACCCAGUCCUAUCCAAGCACCCAUCGUUUGCACAAGCGAUGGGUUGUAUCCUUCUUAAAGAAUAUGCAAAGCUAAUGAAAGAAAAUUCGACUUGCCUUAUCGAUUCCGGCUUAAGGAAAGCUUUCAACACUGUUGGUAAUGGCAGCAAUGGUAACUGCAAUUGGGAAGAAAAAUUGGAUGACUGCAAGGUGACAAUUGGCAGUACCACUACCGAGGUACAGGAAAAGGUGAAACCAAUAAUCAAGGUCGAUGAGAAAGACAUAGGGAUCGUCACUGAAAGUAUAAAUGAAAGAACCACUUUAUGUGACCAACUCAAAUGUGCCGUACCAAAUUGGUUUCAAAAACACAGUAACGGUAACGCCGGUACUGGUACUCCUACUCCAACGAAGAAUUGGUGUGACUUUUGGGAUGGCGCUGUUAAAGACGCACUGACGGACUUGUUCAAGAAGAUCGAGUCCGAUGGAAAGACCAACACUAAUUCUGUAUGCAAUGACUUUGGUGAUGGUAAUGAACAUAGUGUCGAAAGAAAAGCUUGUAAUCAUAUCACAGCGGGACUGCAACACAUUAACACACUUAGUGGUAAUGGUAAUGACCAACUGCUCGCUCGAGCAGUUGGUUGCAUUGCUCUUAACAUGUACGCAGAUAAAAUAAUUACCGAGUCGAAAGAUAAAUGUCCCAUUGAUGAGAUAAAAAUAACAAAAAUGUUUAAUGAUUGGAAUGAAAAAAAUAAUAAUAAUUCGUGUAAAGGUGUUGAUAGAGCUAGUAAUGAACAUUGUUUUCUUUGCUCAAGGAAAGAAAAUUUUAAUGAAUGCAAACUAAGUGUUGAUAGCUCUUUGGUUAAUACACCAUCAACAACACAAUCUGGUGCAAGUGAAACUUGCAAAACUAACGAAACUGAAGUGAAGGCUCAAAUUGGCGGUCUCCUCAACGAAGACAACAAGAUCCCCCAAGUGAAGGAAACAUUAUCCACCAUAAAUGAAAUGGACACUUUCUGCACUCAACUCCAAUGUGCAGCAAAAAAAUACUACGUAAAACAGAACCCUGGUGAAAAUAGUAGCAAAGUGAAGUGGGAGGAAGUAUGGAAUAAAGUCAAAGAGGAAGUCACCUCACUUGGCAGCGCCAUGUAUGACAAUCAGAACAGCACUUUAGACACCCACUGCAGUACCGCGGACUACAAUAACAAAGAAGUAUGCCUCCUCUUCGGGGCAGGAUUAAACCAUCUGUACAAUAAUACAAAUAGUAACGGGGACGAUGCUAUGAAGUUGUUUAAACGAACCAUGGCUUGUGCAGCAUUGAAUGUUUAUGCCGAUCAGUUGAUUGAAAAGUCGCAAGAGAAAGGUUGUCCCAUUGGUGAGGAAGAAAUAAAUAAAAUGUUCACUAAGGGUAAUGAACAUUUUAAAUCUUCGUCUUCGACAUCGUGUCCGAGUGAUGGCAGUAGUGUUGGUCGUAGUAAUGAUUGUUUUACGUGCGAAAGGAAAGCGAACUUCAGUUGCCAAAUAAACAGCGACGACGUAAAGACUAAAGUGAAGGAAAUGCUCAACAAGGACACAACAGGACUGAAGAAAUAUUUGGGCAAUAUAUGUGGUGGUCAAUGCAAAAACAUGGAUAGUUUAUGUGCUCGUGUGGAAUGUGUAAAGAAGCAGUGGCUUCGGGACAGGGGAAAAAGCGAAACGGAGCAGAGUGAGGAGAAUGAAAUGUGGAACGGAGUCAAAGAGCAAGUCACCCAACUUGACAACAACAUAGGAACGAAUAAUGAUGGCAGUACGGACGAUCUGUGCAAGGGCAUCACAUGCCCAGAUGGUGCAACGGAUUGCGUAAGCAAAGCAACAUGCAAACUUAUUGUUAAAGCACUAAAAGGUAUACAUGAAAUGAAGGGGGAUGAAUCCGAUAAGGAUCCACUGAAAGAGAAUAACCGAAUAUUUCGUUCUACUAUGCGUUGUGUAGCACUCAAUGCAUUCGCAGAGAAAUUAAGACAAUAUGCAGAAAAGGGUGGUUAUGCCUGUGCCGUGGAAGAAGGAAUAAAGGGGGCCUUUGAUGCAGGGAAGCUGAAGGAUAAUCGCGAAAAUUGGUGUAAGAAGAAUGGUAAGGAAGAUGGUUCAUGUGAGCCGUGUGAGAAACAGGAGUGUUUUGGUUCUAAAAUUGGGGAUCAGGAGCUGUUGAAGGAAGUGUUGGGUAUGUUGGACUCCGCCACCAACACCAACAUACAAUCCACAUUGGAACAAAUAAACCACAUGUCCACUUUAUGCGAUUACAUUAGAUGCGCCGCAACCAAAUGGUUCAAAAAUAGAAUGACCACGACGGGCGAAACUAGCAAUCCUACGAAGAAUUGGUGUCAAUUUUGGGAGGAGGGCGUCAAACCAACAUUGGGGAAGAUGUUCACAGAAAUUCAAAAGAAGGGAAGGAUCAACACUCAUAAUGCUGCAUGUAAAGAUUUUGGUGAUGGUAAUGAACAUAGUGUUGAAAGAAAAGCAUGUAAUCAUAUCACGGCAGGAUUAGACUACAUUAAAUCAAUUCCAAAUGGUAGUGGUAGUGGUAGUACUACCACUCAGAAUGGUCAUCAGGAUGAUGAUAACUUCUUUAAACAAUCUAUGAUGUGCGCAGCACUUAACCUUUACGCUGAUAAAAUAAAAGAACAAACGGAGUCAAAUUGUCCGAUUGAUGAGGAAAAAAUAACACAAAUGUUCGAUGAUUGGAAUAAUGAAAAUAAUAAAAAUUCUUCGUCUUCGACUUCGUCUUCCUGUUCGAGUGGAGUUUACGGUUGUUUUAAAUGUGAUAGGGUAAAAAACUCAGAAUUUAGUAGUUGCCAACUAAGUGUUGACAGCUCUUUGGUUAAGGCAACACAAAAUGGACAAAAUUGCGAGGAGAACAAAGAAAACGUCCCCAAAAAAAUGGACGAAUUACUCAAUCAGGAAUCUAAAAUGGAACCAACAUUAAACAAAAUAAAUGAAAUGGCCUCUUCUUUCUGUACUCAAGUCCAAUGCGCAAUAAAAAAAAAACUAAAGAUCAAAAAUGGACAGCCAGGUGUAACGACCACACCUAAGUGGAGUGAAAUACAAUCAGAAAUUGAUGAGGAAUUAAAGAAACUUCUAGGACAUAUAUCGCAGACAGAUAAACAGAAAGAAGUUGAACAAUACUGCAAAGACAACGACGCUGAAUGGUAUAAACUUGGCCAUAAAGAAAGCAAAACAAACAAAGCAGCUUGUUUACUUUUUGCUUCAGGAUUAAAGCACAUUUAUGGCCGUCCCAACGGCCAAAAGAAUGGCCAGUUUAAGGGCCCAUCGUUUGAACAAACGAUGGGUUGUUUAUUUCUUAAAGAAUAUGCAAAACAAUUAAAAGACUUGGCAGAAGUGAAGAAACAAGGAAAUAGUUGGGUACAUCCUCUUUGUGACAUAGAGGAUGGUAUAAAUCACGCUUUUACGAAAAGUGGUGACAUUAUGAAGAAUGUAUUACCUGAAUGCAGCAAUGGUACUGAUGGUAUUUCUUGUUUUGUGUGCGAAUGGAAUGACAAAGAUUAUGAUAAAUGCAACAUUGGCACUGACAAUGUAAAGACCAACGUGAAACCAUUACUCCAAUCGAAAGAAACCCAUAUGCAACAAAUAUUAGAGAAUACAGUCUGUCCCAUCCUUCUUACGGAUCUCCUUACCCCUUUUCUUCCUUUGGCUCCUGUCUCUAUUGGCCUUUCUGCUAUGGCUUAUUACCUUUGGAAGUAUUUUGGUCCUCUUGGUAAAGGAGGACCACGUCUCAGAAGAUCUCCUGCUGAUAUUCCUGGUCCAUCCGUACAGGAACAAGUCCUCCAUCAUGUGGAAGAAGCUGGUCCACAUGAAUAUCAAUUGGUGAAGGAACGAAAACCUCGUUCUGCUCCAACUAGAACGAAACGUUCUGGUCCCGUGAAUCGUCGAACGAUUAUUGAAAUUCAUUUUGAAGUGUUGGAUGAAUGUCAAAAAGGGGACUCACAAUUGAACCAAAAGGAUUUUAUGGAACUUUUGGUUCAAGAGUUCAUGGGAAGCGAAUUUAUGGAAGAAGAAGAACAGGUUCCUAAGGAAGGUGUUCCAAUGGAAGGGGUUCCUAUGGAAAGUAUUCCUUUGGAGCAGGUUCCAAUGGAACGUGUUCCCAGUUUAGGUUCCGUGUUUAUGGUUUAG